CCCUUGGACCGCCACAAUCUUGCAUUUAAUUGCUGACUCGUACAGGUCCCUCGCGAUUGAAAGCUCCGAACAAGGGUACGCUGAGCAGGCGGAAAUGCACUCUCGACAAGCUCUCGAGUUGAGAGGGAGGUUGUUGGGAUUUCAUCAGGAUACUGCUCGCUCGCACGUCUUUCUUAGCGAUGUUUUAGUCAUUCAGGGAAAUUUCCAAUCGGCUUUGAACGAGCUUAAGAAGGCGCUUAAAAUCCAGCAAGAAUUGCUAGGUCCUCGACACAAGAACACCACUGAUACAUUGAACAAAAUGACAGAUUUGCUGGCAAAAAUGGCAUGCAAAGACAAGACAAAGGAAACUGCCCUUGAAAGCCCAGAAAAGACCGUUGCUUUGCUGGAAGAGGAGUUGGAUUCACUCGAGGAACUCAAACUUACUCACCAAGCUAUGUCUGUUGUCCCCAAGGGCUUGGGAGUCGAGAGGGAAAUGGAACUGAAAUUUGCGAAAAGAUUGAAUUCCCCGGAUGUUCCUUUGGAAAUCUCCGAGACUCACGGAGAAAAGGAAGGGGUGGUGUCUUAUCCUGCACCCAUCAGCAGUAGACAAGCAGUUGAUGAGCGUGUCAUCCGGAAUGAAACAAUGAAGUUUGAAGCUGAGCAUGAGGAAUGCGUCCGCGUGUUGCCAUAUUUGAAUAAUGGUGAGGUUGAGAUACAUCUGUACGUUUAUGGAGACAAAAGGGGGAUACCACCUAAACUAGAAAAAGCUGCGCAAGCUUUCUUUGGACAGAAGGGCUGGAAAUUAAUAUGGGCAGAUCUGUACAAUGACGCAUUUAAUUUACUGCAAAUUACAUCCAUCGAGUAUUCGUCUAGAGAACCAAAAAGGUUAGAGGCAUCUCAGGUUGAUGAAAUCGAAGAAAUUAUCCACAAUCAUCUUCACGUCUUCUCUAAGCAUCGAAACGUUACUGCUGUACAGCCGUCUUUCAAAGUCACAAAAUCAGUGCAGACGGAAGAGGCAUGUAUUGUGGUUUACGUUCUUGGGAAAGGACAAAUCCCAAUGGGCGAAAAGGCAAUUCUACACGCUAUUGGCCCUUACCGAGUGGACAUCGUCAACGGCUUUUGUGUUAGAACAAAAGAUCCGUACAUGCCCAAAGAGGCGCAUAAGCAGAAGGAUUUUCUACGUUUGGGAGCAAGCAUUGGGGUCAAUGGCAAACAAUCAUCUGGUACCUUGGGUGCUAUUGUGGAAGACGAAAAUAGUGGUACCUUGUACGUACUGUCCUGUGAUCAUGUGGUGAACGAUGCUGAUGAGUCGGGGAUAAUUCAUCCUGGAUUGGAUGUCUACCUCGAUUGCUUACGUUUCAAUUUGAAAGGAUACAAAGAUUGGAUAAACAGAAUCACUGACGUUGAUCUCCAGCUACCUCCAAUUUCAGAUGACAGCUGCGAGGAAACUGAAUUACAGAAGAUAUUCAACGACCUAAAAACCAAAAAAGAGAUGCACGUUGACCCCAAAGGAUGCUCCAACAGUGCCAUGGAGCAAAUUGCGAUAUUCGAAAGAAACCUCGAGGAAGCUUUAGGUAAAAGACCAAGAGUCAUAGCAAGCUACAGUGCUGGUGUCAGAUGCAAUGUGCGCUCAGAAAUGAACAGCAGAGAACAUUUUAUUGAUGCUGCCAUUUCUGAAUUGAACGACGACGAAGUAAAGAAUUUAAAAGCUGAAAAGUUCUUGCAAAUAAUUGAUACAACACAUUACCCAAGCGGCAUGUGUAUCCCAGCAACAACAAAUGCAACAAUGGAUGUUGAAGAGCUAUUUAAGAGUGGUAGUGCUACAGGUUUCACCGAAUCAAACCGUAUUCUUGGUAUUUCCCAAAGACUUCCAACAUUUAUCAAAGAUUUUCGGCCAAAUGGUGACUGUGCAUGGAUUGAUGUGGAUUGUAUCAAUUGCAAGAAAAGGAGAGCAGCUCAAUCCCAAGUUCAAGAGCUGCCUGAUCCAUGUGAACAGUGCCAGGAAGAUAGAUGGCUUAAGAGCUGCUUGUGCAUCCAACAGCAUGGACGGAAACCGUUCUCUGAUAAGGGUGAUUCUGGAGCUGUGAUUUUUGAAAAGCGUAGAAAAGAGAACCGAAACGAUUAUCAACUUCCCUCUCAUGGGUUUGGAAUAAUCUUUGCAGAACUUCCAAGUCAAAAUGGCAAUUUUGCAAUAGCCUCGCCAUUAGAAAUUGCACUCAAAGCACUGUCCCAGAAAGUCUCAGAAUCGAGACCCAAUGGUAAACCUUGCCAAUUAAGACUGGCUUCAAGCUUUAGGUAAUUAAAACAAACUGUUACUGAAGAGAGUAUUUGAAGCUGCAAACUUCAUCAGGAGUCUCUGAGAAGUCCGUCGUUUUGCACCAAGUCAGCGUUAGAUGCGCGUUCAAUUUUAAUGUAAGAACUUUCUUAUCUUGUGUGAUGUAGUCAGGAGAAGGCUGCCAUUAGUGACUGACAUUUUGACAGUCUAAUUGUGUAAAACUGAAACGAAAUGCUACAGGAUGUGUAUGAUUGAUUGUUUUGUGCUCAUCGACUAGUUUAAAAGGCUCAGAAAAAUUAUAGGUGCUGGUGAAAUGGCUACAAGAAUUUUUCAUUUCGUUUAGAGGUACAUUCUGUCCUGUUUGUGUAAGCUGGGUUAAUGCACUGUUAAAAAAAUAGAAGAGCAGUCAGUAGGUGAAAAUUAAUUGGUUCUUCAUCGUGGUACAAAAUCGCAAAAAGCUAAACGUUAAUACUUUAAUUGAUAUUAUUAUGUUCGAACUUUUAGUUUUCUUUUUACUACAUUGUAUUUAUAAUGUAUUAGAAUGUCAUUAGAGUUUUGUAAUUAAGGCCUGAUGCUUUAAUUACAAAAUUGCUUGUAUAUCACGUUUAAUUCAUUGGUAACUGAAUGAAAAGCAAAAAAAAUGAUUAGCCCUUCUUUGAUAAAAGUGCAUGCCAGGAAAUCGUCAAAUAACAUUUGUACCAAAUAUAUACCCACACAGUUUACAUCAAACCAUUAAUUAACAUAAAAGUAUGAAGGAAAAGUAGUACGUAAAAAUAGACUGCUUUUGUUAUAGGGCUUUAAGAAACCUUAGAAGUCACUAGACUUAAGGUAGGUAUGUUCACUCUACGAACCAGUUUCAAACAGUAACAACUUGACAAGAUGUCAAGCUUUGGUGCACAGAGAGUACUUGUAAGACUUAGUUAGAAAUUGCUUUUCGAAUAUUUGUAGGAAAGCAAUUCUUAGCGUAAUGUUGCGCCUGUGUAUCAGAUGAAAGAAAACAAGUUAACUAUAUUUAAGAAAUAAGACAUUUGCUUGAAAUAGUCUAUCCUUGGACACUAGUGAAUCUGUAACAAAAUACAUGUCAUUUAUAUGAUUAAAAAUAAAAGAAGUGCUUUAUGAGGUAAAAUCACAUUAUGCUACGUGCAGAUGAUUACACUACCAUAGUGAACUAUGAAAUGUUCGUGUAGCGGGGACCGCAGAGACCAUUUUUAAGUGGUAGGGCUUAAAAUCAAACAUAACGGGUUGACGACCACCGUUCCGCUGUUUUGUUACUUUCAGUUGGUAAAAUUCAUACAUUAUGCAUGUGAUCUGGAGCCGUAAAAAAUCAACCCAAGUGGUAGGGCUUAAAGUGCACCUAACC